AAUAUUUGUGAUCAUUUUGCGUUUAACCACCAAAGUGCGCGCGCGCCUUGUUUCAAUUAAAUUGCCGCGUUAUCGCAAAUGUUUCUACAAGUUUGAUAAGAUCAUUACAUCACUGAGUGUGAGUGAUAAGAUUCGUCAAGGACCGAUUUGUCUUACCGAUGAUCAAAUCAUCACUUAAAUUCGAUAUGCUACAGUUGUAGUUUAAACGAGUGUUAAACAAUAGACGUUGUUGUUAGAACAGUGAUAUUUGUUUGUGAGUUUAACUUGGAUGUGGUGGUAAAUACGAUGGGGACAGUGCCGCGAUUAAAAAUAACAGUGGUGGGCGACGGAAUGGUUGGCAAAACCUGCCUUCUGUAUGUGUACACGAGGAAUGAAUUCCCAAAGGAAUAUGUACCGACAGUAUUUGAUAACUAUGUGGGGCACAUCACAGUCGACGGCCAAGAAGUGGAAAUGGCUCUGUGGGACACUGCUGGACAGGAGGACUACGAGCGAUUAAGGCCGUUAUCAUACAAUAAUACACAUUGCUUUUUGGUAUGUUACUCCGUUGGCACUCGAUCUUCAUACGAAAAUGUAAUUCACAAAUGGUAUCCAGAGUUAAAGCACUUCAGUUCUUUAGUACCAAUUGUACUCGUAGCAACGAAAACCGACUUGAGGGCAUCAGGCAAAGCUGUUAUUACGACACAAGAAGGCAAAACUUUGAAGAAGAAAAUACGUGCUGUCCAACUCGUGGAAUGCUCAGCCUUGGAACGGGAAAACAUGCACGAGGUGUUCGAAGAGGCUGUGCGAGCUGCUCUUCGUAAGAAAAGUGUCCCGAAACGUACUUGUCAAUUUCUAUGAUAGAGCCUUUAAUGCAUAAACAAAUGUAUAAAAAUAUAUUUUAUUUUAAUA